GACGAAACCUCCGAGGUUGUAUAAGAUACUUGAAAUGCGUUCUUCAGAACCUCCUGUAGGUGGGCCUUUUUACACUGACAAGUGUUUUAUAAAUGUUUUAAUGCAGUUUAUAUGACUUGACGUUGUUUUAUAACGCAGUUUCAUAGCGAGCUAGCAGGUUAGUAUAAAACCAAAAUUGUUACUUGGGAUAAACAAUACACCGAAUUGCUCCACAACAGCAACCUCAGCUCCAACAGAGUCAGAAUAUAUCUAGUAUAACAAAUGUAGAACAAACUCCAGGCAAUGGUGCAGGGGCGGAAAUGGGGACCGCUUUCCGGAAGCAACAGUUUAAGUAUCUAGCCGCCAUGAGUCCUACUACUCCUAGUUUCGAUGAUUUACCUAUAAUGCAUAGUCCAGUUUUAAGCAGUGACCAAUCGAAUUUGAUAAUGACACCUUCACCACAAAAGUUUUCGACUUUGGCCACCGGUUGUCUUCAGCCGCAACAACCUCCCGGUUCGCAAAUCCAACAACAGCUGAAUUCGAUACAGCAACAGCAAAUCAUAGCCGGAAGUGAACAGCAGAAAAUGGCUCUUCUGUGCAGUAACAAAAAGAUGCGUGGCCACCACAAUUUAGGUACAAUGGGCAACAUAAUUAGCAGGAAAAGCGAUACCACGGCAACAACGAUGCUGCUGCAGGACAAAAGUACAAACACCAAACCGAUUGUGUUUACUCAGACAUGCAACCAGUUGAUGACGCCGCGAACACCCAACACGACCGGCGGUGCCCUGCAGGCCCAGAAUGUAUUUACUUUAAAAUCUUGGCAGUUGAAAUCAGUGAUUUAUAUUAUUACAGACUUAAUUUGAACCAAAUUUGAUUCCAAGUCUUGGUCUUGGUAAAAAAAAUCGAUAACUGAAUAAAUUUCUGAUGGUGAUACACACUAGUUGAACAAAACUUCAAAGAAU